AUGGAUAUGAAUUCUCAAGCAUUUGAUGUUCUAAAGAUGGAAAAUCAGAAUAAUGAUGAAUUUGAUUGGUUAUAUUCAGAAGAAGAAUACCCUCCUUCCCCCUUCGGAACAUGGCAACAAGAUUCAAGAUUGUCCAAUGGAGGCUUAUUGAACUUUGAAUUUGAUCCCUUUCAAUUACCCAAUGAUAUCCAAAACAACCAUUUUCCAUAUUUUGGGCUUGAAGAAAUAUGCCAAGAUUUGGGCUUGUACGACUUGAAAUUACUACCACCUUCAUUUCAAGAAGACAAUAAUACCCUCAUUGAUGACGCGAAUGCCAUUGCCAAUGUCAUGCCUCUGAACAUGACACAUGAUCUUUUAGGUGAAUCUCAACAGGUUACUAAUUCCGCUUUUUAUGAAAUUAAUGGUGGUUCGAUGGAGUUUAUUAAGAAGUGGAAUAAUAAUAAUAAUAAUGGGAGGCAUAAGAAGAGCGAUACGUUGGAAUUGGAAGAGAUACAGAGGUAUUUUCAUGUACCAAUAACAAAAGCAGCAAAGGAGUUAAGAGUUGGGUUGACAGUGUUGAAGAAAAGAUGUAGGGAACUAAAUAUAAUGCGAUGGCCUCAUCGAAAACUUAAGAGCUUGCAAACUCUUAUUCAUAGCGUUAAGGAAAUGGGACUUACAAGUGAAGUUGAAAUGCUGGAAGAGCACCAAAGGAUGGUAGAGAAAGUGCCUGAAAUGGAACUAACUGAAAGAACAAAGAAGUUAAGACAAGCAUGCUUCAAGGCUAAUUACAAGAAAAGAAGGGCCUCUAUGGUUGCUGCUUUCUAUUAA